UUUCAUUGUUUGCAAACAGGAACGCAUGGCUUCUAGUUUAGAGAACUCAGUUUUUGAAACUACUUUUGCUAUAAUAGGAGGAGGAAUUGCAGGUGUUUCAUGUGCAGAGCAACUAGCUAUAGAGGACCCUGAAGGAAGUGUGAUUUUGAUUUCAGCUUCUCCCCUGGUUAAAGUUGCAAGAAAUAUCAAUAAAAUAUCAGAAAGAUUAGAGGAAUUUGAUGUAGAAGAAGAAACACAUGCAUAUCUUGAGAAAUGCCAUCCAAACUGUAAAGUGAUUAAUUCCUCAGCAAUUGAAAUAAAUGAUGAAAGACAUGAAAUUCAUCUUUCCAAUAGACAAAUUGUUAGAUAUAAACGGCUAUGUAUUUGCUCUGGUGCUGUUCCAAAAGUAAUUGCUAAAUCUAGUCCAUUUGUAUUGGGGAUAAGAGAUACAGAAACAGUUGAGGUGUUCCAGAAAAGGCUUUCAGCUGCUAAAAGAGUGUUGAUUGUGGGAAAUGGAGGAAUUGCAAUUGAAUUAGUGUAUGAAAUUGAAAAUUGUCAGAUUAUAUGGGCCAUCAAAGAUAAAUCUGUGGGAGCUACUUUCUUUGAUGCUGGAGCAGCGAACUUCUUUUUGCCUUGUUUAAAAGAAGGCAAGCAAGAAGGCCCUACUGUGUCCAAAAGGCUGAAGUAUGAAUUGGAAGGUGAUUCUCAUCCAGAAUCUGUUAUGGGCAGUGCUUUAGGUCCUGACUGGUCAAUGCAUGUAAACCUCAAGGGAAAGAUGGUGGAGAGACGUAAUAUUCAUAUUGAAUAUGAGUGUGAAAUUAAAGCUGUGUAUGAAAGAGAGGAAUUUUUGAAAAUAAAAAGAGAAAUAUCAGCUGAAAAAACUGAAGAUUCAUGGCCAGUAUUUGCAGAAUUAACUAAUGGCAAAAUUCAUGGUUGCGAUUUUAUUAUUAGUGCUACAGGUGUUGUUCCUAACACUGGCUUGUUGCAGAAAAAUAAAUUUGACUUUGCUACUGAUGGGGGUAUAAAAGUGAAUGAUCAGAUGAAAACAAAUCUGGAGCACAUAUUUGCUGCUGGUGAUGUAUGCACUGCAUCAUGGUCUUUAUCAAAACAUUGGUUUCAGAUGCGACUAUGGACACAAGCUAGACAAAUGGGAGCAUACGCUGCUAAAUGUAUGGCUUGUGAUAUGCGGGGAGAAACUGCUAUUCUUGAUGUGUGUUUUGACCUUUUCACUCAUGUGACUAAAUUUUUUGGAUACAAGGUGGUUUUACUUGGACUGUACAAUGGACAAAAACUAGGUACUGACUACGAGAUAAUAGUACGAUCUUCCGAAAGAACAGAAUAUGUUAAAGUGGUUAUGCAAGAUGGCAGGAUGCAGGGAGCCGUUUUGGUUGGAGAAACUGACUUAGAAGAGACUUUUGAGAAUCUUAUUCAUAAUGCCUUAGAUUUGUCCGUGUAUGGUGAAGAUAUUUUAAACCCUGAUAUUGAUAUUGAAGAUUAUUUUGAUUGAUUAUAUAUUUAUUAAGUUUGAUGGAAUUCAACCAGGUUUGAGCUUAUAUUUUCCAUUAUGUAUUGAAUCCUUAUAUUAAUAAUUUUAAUAUUUGUAUUUCAUAAGCCUGUAUAAGAUAUAUUUUCCAAAACUUUUAUGUCUUUUUUUCCUUCAAUAUUAUCAUUAUAAUUUAUUUUCAGUCACAUUUCUAAUAUCCUUUAGAAUAGGUUAAAAUUAUUUCACUUUCAGCUUUUCGAAUAAUUUGAAACUAGUAGUAAAGUAACUCUCAACAAUUCAUUUUUAAAUUGCUGUGGCCAACUUUAAUCAGCUAUGAUUGGAUAAGAAAUUGAAUAUAAUAGAGCAUAGAUAUGUAAAUGUUUUGAAAUAAUUUUUAUUGCUUUCUUAAAGAGUUUACUCUCUACAUUUAUAUAAUUUUUUUUUUUUCUAAUUUUCACUGCAGAAUAAUGUAUACAUAAUAAGUCAUUUUUCAUAUAGUGAGUUUUUAUCCUUUCCUUUUCUUAUGAACAACUAAGUAUUUUUGUGAAUUCCUAAUAUUUUCAAUUCAUUGGUUUUACCAGCAUGUAGAAAACUCUAAAAAUUAGGACUUCUAAAUUCGCAUUCUUGCUUGCAUAUGAUUAAAUUAUUACAAAUUUUGUUUCAACAAUUAAUCAUAUUUAAUUGUCAAAAGUAAUUUUAAUUUUUUAAAAAAUUGUGCAACAUUUAUUGAAUAAUUAAGGAAUUUUUGUAUUAAAAUAUAUUUUACUGAUUGUCAGA